CUCUUUCUCACUCUCUCUCAUUCUUUUCUACGUGCCGUUCCGUCUCGCUCGCUCGCACGCCAUCCCUCAUCCCCUCAUUGCCGUUCCUUGAUUGCGACAAGUCGUGUCGUACGUGUGUCCUUGUCGCGCCGCCUUCCGCAUCCGCCGCCGCCGACGAUUCUCACUCGCCCAGCACCCCGGCCCGGCACGGCGCUACCGUUGUGGGAGCUCCAGCGGUCGAUCAGGCCCAAAACAGCCUACCUACCCACGUACCUUGGACUCGGCUCCCGGGCAUCGACGACGGCGCAGAGCGUGCGCUAGAGGCCGCUGCAUCACCCAACUAGAGCUCCAUCGAAAUACCUACUGUAGCACCUACCUAGAGAUCGGUCCCGUCCCGUCCCAUCCACCACAGAGCUGGUGCCCGCUGGAGCGCCCACCCGAAUUGCAAGCUCAGACGCACCUUGACGUAGAGCGCGGGGCAGCCUCUCGCUGCUCCCCUCUCUUCUCUCUCGCAUCAUGAGCCCCAGAACCAUGACGUCCACCGAGGUCUAUCUGCUGCCGCUCAACGACGACGGCUCGCCUCAGGUGGCCGGCGAGUACAUCUACCUCGCGCCCCGGUCCAGUGACCCCGUCACCAUCCGCUUCGCAAUUGAGGGCACCUCGUCGAUAUGUCGCCAUGGCAGCCUCUGGGUCAACAUCCCCGACAAGGGCGUCGAGUUUCGCCGCGACAAGUUUCGCGAAUACAAACUCGCCCCCGACUUCAAUCGCACCAUUGAAAUCUCCAUACCUAUCCAUGCGGCCGGCGCAUUCGCCUUCCACACCACAUACGCCGAGCUCCCCGCCCUCGAGCCGCACCUCGCCGGCGCUCCGGCCAAGCAGCAGGAACCGACCCUAAAGAAGACACCCCUAUACUACAUCGAUGUCGCGCCGAGGCUGCAGCUCGAUGGGCGCCCGCUGCCUCUACCCGCCCUGUCCGUCUUCUCCAUUAUCGGCAAGCUCAUGGGCAGAUUCCCAUCCGACUGGGAAAAGCACCUCCGUGGUAUCAGUGCUAGGGGCUACAACAUGGUGCACUUUACGCCCUUGCAAGUCCGCGGCGAGUCCAAUUCCCCAUUCAGCUUGUACGACCAGCUUGCUUGGGACCCCGAGUGCUUCCCCAACGGCGAGGACGACAUCAAGAAGAUGGUGCAGAGCAUGCAGCAGGACCACUCCCUGCUCAGUCUGACCGACAUUGUCCUCAACCACACGGCCAACAACUCCAAGUGGCUGCAGGAGCAUCCAGAGGCGGGCUACAACCACACCACCGCACCCUGGCUGGAGUCUGCCUAUGAACUGGACACGAAGCUGUUAGAAUUGAGUACCAAGCUCGAGAGCCUUGGGCUUCCCACGAAUCCUCAAUCCACCGACGACCUCAUGCGCAUCAUGGACGCCGUCAAGAAGGAGGUCAUCGCCAAGAUACGCCUCUGGGAGUAUUAUGCUCUCGACGUUGAGCGUGACGCCGACGCCGCCGUGAAAGCAUGGACGCAGGGCAAGAUGUCCGACCCUGAGCAACACAACGGCUUCCAAGACAAGGCUGAUCGCCUCAAGCGUCGUGAUCUUGCCGCGGAGGUCGCUUUUAUCAAGGAAUUUGGAUUGACCGGUUUCGAUCGCCUGGGCGCCCGUUACAGACGAACGGUCGAUCCUUCCGUCGCGGCCACACUGCUGUCUUUUGGCUUUGGACGGUACGAUGGGAAGAGUUCCAAGUCGCCUGACAUGGCGGCUGCUCGAAGCAGGAUGGUCGAGAUCCUCGAUGCCCUGAAUGUCGACUUUUAUAAGGAGUACGACUCUGAUGUCACCGAGAUCCUCGAACAGCUGUACAAUCGCAUCAAAUAUGUGCGCCUAGACGAUCAUGGCCCGAAGCUCGGACCCAUCAACGACGCCAACCCCCUUAUCGAGUCGUAUUUUACACGGCUCCCUUCUAAUGCCACCACCUCGAAGCAUGCGCCGCAGGAUCGGGCUCUGGUCAACAAUGGUUGGGUCUGGGGCGGAAACGCACUGGUAGACAAUGCAGGGCCCGAAUCUCGCGUGUAUCUGAGACGCGAAGUCAUCGUCUGGGGAGACUGCGUCAAGCUGCGGUAUGGCUCUGGCCCAAAGGACAGCCCGUGGCUUUGGGAGCACAUGACGGCGUACGCUCGCCUCCUGGCCAAGUAUUUUGCUGGUUUCAGAAUUGACAAUUGUCAUUCGACUCCUCUUCAUGUCGCGGAGCACAUCCUCGACGAGGCGCGACGAGUCCGCCCAGACUUGUAUGUCGUUGCUGAGCUCUUCACUGGAUCCGAAGGAAUGGACUAUGUCUUCGUCAAGCGGCUGGGUCUCAGCUCGCUGAUUCGCGAGGCCAUGCAGGCUUGGAGCACGGCUGAGCUCAGUCGGCUCGUUCACAGACAUGGUGGUCGACCUAUUGGCAGCUUCGAGGUCGACGAGAUAACGCGGUCGGACGGGACAACGCCUCCCACCUCACCUCUGCAAGAGGAACCCAAUGGCGAUCUAACCCGCGAGAUUAUUCGAAGAAUAAAGCCGACACCGGUGCAUGCCCUGUUCAUGGACUGCACCCACGACAAUGAAACUCCAGCACAGAAACGCGACGCGCGAGAUACGCUGCCCAACGCAGCGCUCGUCUGCAUGUGCUCCAGCGCCACCGGCAGCGUCAUGGGUUACGAUGAAAUAUACCCUCGAUUGGUCGACUUGGUGAAUGAGCAGCGGACGUACACCUCCGAGUCAUCAAACACCGGCACGGUCAAGGUUGGUAAGGGCAAUAAUGGUAUUGGCGGAGUGAAGAAGCUUCUCAACCAAAUCCACACGCUCAUGGGUAAAGAUGGGUACGACGAGACACACAUCCACCACGAGGAGGAAUACAUCACCGUCCACAGAGUCCACCCAGAGUCAAGAAAGGGCUACUUCUUGAUCGCUCACACGGCCUUUCCCGGCUACGGGAAUGGUAAUGGUGCGUUCAAUCCAGUCCAUCUUAUUGGCACGCGGGCCAGGCAUCUAGGCAGUUGGAUGCUGGAAGUGGAUGCCAGCGAGGAAGCCACCAAGCAGGUUUUGGAGGAUAAGAAGUUUCUGCGUGGUUUACCGAGCCGCGUGUCCGACUUGGCUGGCGUCAAGAUGGAAGUACAGGCCCAGGACACCACCAUCACUGUCCGCGACAAGUUUCCUCCAGGAAGUAUUGCGCUGUUUGAGACCUGGAUCCCGGCCGCAGAGCAUUCGGCCGGCUUGGACACCUACAUCACUUCUGGUGCCCGGACAGCAUGGAGCGAGCUGAACUUGGUGGAUCUCAACUUCCUGAUGUACCGCUGCGAAGCUGAAGAACGGGAUUCGAGCGGCGGUCGGGACGGUACAUAUGAUAUCCCGGGACACGGCAAGCUCGUGUAUGCCGGCCUUCAAGGCUGGUGGAGCGUUCUCAAAAAUAUCAUCCGCGACAACAACCUCGCACACCCGCUCUGCCAGAACCUGAGAGAUGGCACGUGGGCCUUGGAUUACAUUGUGGGACGGGUUGACCGCAUGAGCAAGCUGCCCGGCAAUGAACAGCUUGAAAAGCCCGCGACGUGGCUCAAGGAGAGGUUCGAUGCCUUGCGAAGCAUCCCCAGCUUUCUCCUUCCACGCUAUUUCGGGCUUGUCCUGCGUACCGCGUACAUGGCAAGCUGGCAAAGGGGUAUGGAGCUCAUGAGCGACAACGUCAAGGACGGGCAGUGGUUCAUACAAAGCCUAGCCAUGGUCAGCGUCCAGCAGACCGGCUUCGUCAAGUCCGCGUCUCUGUGGCCAAACAAGUUGGUGGCCUCGGUUGCUGCUGGUCUGCCUCACUUUGCAGUUGAGUGGGCAAGGUGCUGGGGCCGCGAUGUCUUUAUUUCCAUUCGCGGCUUGUACUUGGGUACUGGGCGGUUCGCCGAGGCCAAGGAGCAUAUCCUUGCCUUUGCCAGUGUGCUGAAACAUGGCAUGAUUCCGAACUUGCUCAGCAGUGGCGACGCACCGCGCUAUAAUUCUAGGGACUCUGUUUGGUUCUUCCUGCAGACGAUUCAAGACUAUGUUCAUUUCGCUCCGGACGGCCACAGCCUGCUCCAUGAGAAGGUCAAACGGAGAUUCUUGCCAUACGACGACACAUGGUUCCCUACGGACGAUUCACGAGCUUACUCAAAGGAAAGCACCAUUGAGGAGGUCAUCUUCGAGGCCCUGCAGAGGCAUGCCUCUGGAAUGAAGUACCGCGAGGCAAACGCUGGGCCGCAAAUCGAUUCGCAGAUGAAGGAUGCGGGCUUCAACCAAGACAUCAAGGUGGACUGGGACACGGGCAUCGUCUUUGGAGGCAACCAGCACAACUGCGGCACAUGGAUGGACAAAAUGGGCGAAAGCGAGCGGGCAGGCUCUAAGGGUGUCCCCGGGACUCCUCGCGACGGUGCAGCCAUCGAGAUCACCGGCCUGCUUUACAGUACGCUCGCCUGGCUGUCCGGCCUCAGCAAGCAAGGCGUUUUUGCCAAGUCUGGCGUCAAGAAACCUGAUGGCAGUGACAUCUCGUUUGCGGACUGGGCUAAGCUGCUCGAGAACAACUUCGAGCGGUGCUACUACGUGCCGCUGUCCCCCGAGGACGACUCCAAGUACGACGUCAACUCCAAGAUUGUCAACCGCCGCGGCAUCUACAAGGACUUGUACAAGUCGGGCAAGGAGUACGAAGACUACCAGCUGCGCGCCAACUUCCCCAUCGCCAUGGCGGUGGCACCCUCGCUGUUCGACGCGGACCACGCCAUGCACGCGCUCUGCCUCGCCGACGAGGUGCUACGCGGGCCGACGGGCAUGGCGACGCUCGACCCGGCGGACCUCAACUACCGGCCCUACUACCGCAACAGCGAGGACAGCACCGACUUCGCCACCAGCAAGGGCCGCAACUACCACCAGGGGCCCGAGUGGCUCUGGCCCACGGGCUUCUUCCUGCGCGCCCUCCUCAAGUUCGACCUGCGCCGCCGCACGUCCCACGAGGGCCGCGUCGAGGCCUUCCAGCAGGUGACGCGUAGGCUCGCCGGCUGCAAGCGCAUGAUGGAGGAGAGCGAGUGGGCGGGCCUGACGGAACUGACGCAGAAGAAUGGGGAGCACUGUCCCGACUCGGUGAGUUGCUCUACUACUUCCUGUCUCUCCCCGUCUCUAUAUUCUCUCUAUGACUACCCCCCCUCAUCCUCCUCUCUUGUCUCUCCUAUUCUUUCACCCCUGCACGUCCCCUUUUUUCCUCUACGCAGUUCCUCCCGUCCCUUGUGUUCCUUUGACUAGCCCAACCCCCAAACCCCCAACCCCCCGUAUCUCCCUUGCUUGGGGACGAGGACCCCUCGUUGUGGAUGUGAGCGACAGGCAGCUGACCAUGGUACACACAGAGCCCAACGCAGGCUUGGUCUGCGGGAUGCCUCAUCGACUUGUACAUGGACGCGAUAGAGGAGCAGCACCGGCAGCAUGGAACGAGCCGGUGAGCAGAGGAGGGAGGGCCUGUAAAAACGGACGACGAGCUGUAAAUGGAUACACGACGACACGGCAAUCCAACCUUUUUUUUUUCUUACCUUUUACCUUCACCUUCCCAUAGACCCCCAAUUCUUACCCAUUAUACUCUUAUGCACGAUUCAAACACAUCAAAAUCCGGCGGACCAAGAGAACAUAGGCAUAUGUUUUGUUAUUCAAAGGAAAUGCGUUUCUUUUUGGCUUGCAUUGAUAGACCGUAAUAGAGAUAACAGUCAACGGGGGGGACAAACCAGCAGACAG